GUCUUCGGCUCUUCCGCAGUAAUAAUCCCCACACGCCCGCACUUGUGUCCCCUCCUCCCUGCACUUCCUUUCCGCAAACCCCCCCGAAUGCUCCACCCCUCCGCUUCCCGUCGCCGGCUCCCGAAACCCUAGUCCCCGCGCGGCGAUGUCGCUGCCGGCGGUGGCGGCGGGCGGCCCAGCGGAAAUCUCCGUCCCGGCGUGGCUCCGGGGCCUCCCGCGCGCCCCGGAGUACCGCCCCACGGAGUCGGAGUUCGCCGACCCCAUCGCCUUCCUCUCCCGCGUGGAGCGCGAGGCCGCCGCCUACGGCAUCUGCAAGGUCAUCCCGCCCUACCCGCGCCCCUCCCGCCGCUUCGUCUUCGCGCACCUCAACAGCUCCCUCGUCUCCUCCAAAGACGCCGCCAGCGCCAAUCCCACUACAUCCGGUUCCUCCAACCCUACAUCCACGCGGGCGGACCCCGCCGCCGUGUUCACUACCCGCCACCAGGAGCUCGGCACCCCGCGGCGUGGGCGCCCGCCGCCGCAGGUGCUGAAGCAGGUGUGGCAGAGCGGCGAGCAGUACACGCUCGAGCAGUUUGAGGCCAAGUCCCGGGCUUUCUCCAAGAUCCACCUCGCGGGGCUUCGCGAGCCGACUCCACUCGAGGUGGAAUCUCUCUUUUGGAAGGCAUCGGCGGACCGUCCUAUCUAUAUUGAUUACGCGAAUGAUGUCCCAGGGUCCGGCUUUGCCGCCCCAGCGCAAUCCCGGCGGGAUAAGAAGCGGAGACGAGAGGGUGCCCCGGUGGUCGACGGGGAGAAGGGUUCCGGGUGGAGGCUGUCAGGAAGCCCAUGGAACCUCCAGGCGAUUGCACGGGCUCCUGGGUCACUCACACGAUUCAUGCCAGAUGAUGUUCCCGGGGUGACCUCUCCAAUGGUGUACAUUGGGAUGCUGUUUAGUUGGUUUGCGUGGCAUGUCGAGGAUCAUGAGUUGCAUAGUCUCAAUUUCCUCCACACCGGUGCACCCAAGACGUGGUAUGCAGUUCCUGGGGACCGUGCUGCUGAGCUUGAGGAAGUUAUCCGUGUGCAUGGCUAUGGAGGGAACUCUGACCCCCUUGCAUCACUGGCAGUGCUCGGGGAGAAAACAACACUGAUGUCCCCAGAGGUUCUUGUAGCACGCGGUGUGCCCUGCUGCAGAUUAGUACAGUAUCCUGGUGAGUUUGUCGUGACAUUCCCAAGGGCAUACCACAUUGGGUUUAGCCACGGAUUUAAUUGUGGAGAAGCUGCCAACUUUGCAACUCCCCAAUGGUUAAAGUUUGCUAAAGAGGCUGCGGUUCGAAGGGCUGUGAUGAAUUAUCUUCCGAUGCUCUCGCAUCAACAGCUACUGUACUUGUUAGCAGUUUCUUUUAUAUCCAGAUCCCCAGGAGUAUUGUCUGGAAUUCGAACUUCGCGUUUGAGAGAUCGAAGAAAAGAAGAAAGAGAACUGCUGGUUAAACAGGAAUUCCUACAUGACAUGAUUAGUGAAAACAAGCUUUUGUGUUCUUUUAUGAAAAAGAAAUCAAUGGAUAAUGUUGUGUUAUGGGAACCUGAUUUGCUACCUUCUUCUAAUGCUCUACAUUCCUGCUCUUCUGGCUCAAAAGCUCCAGAUAAGAAGUGUGCGGAUGAUUGCAGAGUUGAAUCUAGCCAAUGCAACCACAAAGAUAAUAGUUCAUUUGAUGGUACUGCAUGUAUGAUUGGGAUACAAACUAAACACAUGUCUUCGAAUAGUAAAUCAUCUGAUGCUACAUCUGCUUCAGAGGAAAAGCUUGAUGUUGAUCAAGAUGAUGAGGAUGGCCUGCCUUUUGAUUUGAGCAUUGAUUCAGGCUCAUUGACCUGUGUUGCUUGUGGAAUUCUUGGCUAUCCAUUCAUGGCAAUUCUGCAACCUUCCAGAGAAGCAUUGGAAGGGGUUUCCCUUGUUCGUAGAGAAAGAUACAGGCUGAGUUGUGAAAAAGACAAUUGUUCAAAUGUACUCCCAUGCUGUCCUGCUGAUGGCCGUUCCGGAUGUUCAUUUAUUCCCAAUAGACCUUCCAGCCCUGUUGAACAGCCAUGUCUGGCUUCUCUUGCAGAACAGGCUGACUUCGAUCAUCAGAAUGUGAAGUCACAUAAAGAUCAUGUUUGUUUAAUGGAGAAUGAACUUGCACCUCCGGGGCAACACAAUGAUAGUUUACAUUCUUGCAGCAGUGAAAGCACUCUCCAUUCGUGCACUAAUAAGGAAAAAUGUGAUAAUAGAAUACCUACUGACAGUCUUGGCUCAGAAUUAAGUAAACAAACAGGCAGAGGUGACAUUGAUGUGCAAGCUGUGGAAAGUUGUGACAACACAAUUAACUGGAAUACGAGUUGUAUGUUUGCACGUCCCCGAAUCUUUUGCCUGCAGCAUGCCCUUGAGAUUGAGUUGUUGCUUGAGGGAAAAGGUGGUGUCCAUGCCCUCAUUAUUUGCCAUUCAGAUUAUACCAAAUUAAAAGCGCUUGCGAUAUCAAUAGCUGAGGAAAUUGAGUUUCAGUUUGACUGUACAGAUGUUCCACUUGCAAAUGCAUCCAAGUCUGAUUUACAUCUAAUCAACAUUUCAAUUGACGAUGAGGGUCAUGAAGAAGAUGGAAGAGACUGGACAUCAGAGAUGGGUCUAAACAUGAAAUUUUAUGCUAAGCUUAGAAAAGAAACAUCAGGGAAUCAAAAACAACCUCCUUUGUCAUUUUGGGAGCAUUUUUCCAACCCAUCGCAUGUUUCAGUUGUUCCAAAUCUCAAAUGGCUCUGCAGAAAAGCACGGACCCCAUACAAAGUCGUUGGUUUUGUUUCCAGCUCAAGCGCCACAGCAACUGCUGAGAAAGUUAAGCCUGAAGUCACAGAGACGAAGAUAGGAACUUACGGAAAUGUUUGUGGUGAUGACAAUAGCCAGCAAAUUUUCCAACAAGGUGGUCUCCUGCAACCAAGUAGACUAGCUGAUAUGUGUUCUGAGGAGAAUGACCAUAGCAAACAAUGUCUUAUUGAUAUCCCUAUUGCUGUUGCUGAAUACCCUUUGAUGCAUCAAGUUUGUGAUGGUCCAGUAAGUGUUAGCACAUGCAAUGACUCUAUUUGUUCAUCAGAUUCCCAGGAUUCACUCCCACUUGCCACAUCACCAGUUGAAGUUACAAGAGAUCAGGGAUGCGUACAAUCAACUGAAUUGAGUAGUUCAACAACUGUUUCUGUUCAACAGUUCUUUAAUUAUGAAAGCAUCACUGUGGGAGGAAUCAUGAACAGUGUAAGCAAUCACGAGUACUUGGAACCCCAGAAUGUUACUUUAGGGCACAGAGAUGAAUGGUUGCAAGUUCAGCAAGAUCAGGAGAACACAGGACUUUGCAAUAAUCCCAACAGGACAGAAGGUUUGUCUAUUUCAGAAGAAAAACAUGGAGGCAUUGUGUCAGCAACCCUUGAAAAUGAGGAGGGUUGUACUAACACAUCUUACUGUUCUGAUACUAUAAUGACAAGUAACAAAUCUGCAAUGGAUAAUGAACCUGAGACACAUGAUCUCAGUGCUAUUCCUAUGAAACAAAAGUCAAGCUGUGACGAGAUGAUCUCUAGUGUUGAUAUUCCUGGUGCAACUGAUCCACUGUCAGUUGCACAUGAUUUGAUGAGUGAUGAGCUGCAGGUUGAUACAAGCCAUUCCGUUGCCAAUGCCAUUGAGUUCAAGAGCAAUAAUCCCAGUAAGUUAAAGGAUGAAUCUCCGCAGAGAGAUCUCCUCAUCUUAGAGGACGUUCAAGCUGCUUCAAUAACUGCAAUCCCUGGCCAAGAUGGAAAAUCUGUCUACACUGGAUCGAAUUCUUUUGAUAUUUUACUUGGAGCUUUAGCUGAAGAGUCCAAGGUAGCAGAUGCUCCUGGGAAAGAUGAGGUUGGCAAAGCUUCCUUGACAUUAAUGACACUGGCUAGCAAUGACCACUCUGUAGAUGAAGUUACAGAAGGCAAAGUUGUAGAGAUAGUGAAAACAGACAGAAAUUUUGGGGUACUAAAAGAUGAUCAACAAGUUGAUAGGGCACAUGACUUCCAUUUGUCAGAUGUGGUGUCUAGAAGCAUUGGGAGAUCAAAUAGAACAGAUAUCAUAUGUUAUGUCAGACGCCCCAAAAGACAGAGGGAAUCCCAGUCAAAUACUGUGAGUUCGCAAAGUCUGGGGAGUUUUGUCCGGUCCCCAUGUGAAAGCUUGAGGCCAAGGACAAAGCCUGCCAUAAUUGAAGAGCUGGCAGAGAACAGAACUGUGGAAGGCUCUGCUGCAAAAAAGGGUAAGAGGACAAAAAUGGGAUCGUUUCAGUGUGAUAUUGAUUUUUGUGACAUGAUAUUUGAGACUAGAGCUGAACUUAAUGCCCACAAACGCAAUAUUUGCACCGACGAGUCAUGUGGCAAGCGUUUUAGUUCACACAAAUACUUGAAGCGUCAUCAGUGUGUCCACAGCGACCUGAGGCCAUUCAAGUGUCCCUGGGAUGGUUGCGAGAUGACUUUCAAGUGGCUGUGGGCUCAGACUGAACAUGUCAGAAUGCACACAGGAGAGCGCCCGUACAAGUGCUCGGAUCCUGACUGUGGACAGACAUUUAGAUAUGUUUCAGAUCACAGCCGGCAUAGAAAGAAGUUUAAUCAUUAUUGAUAGUUUCUAGUUUUCGAGUUCCUGGUCACAGCUGGGGGCAAAUCUCCAGCUGUUUGUGUUGGGGCCUUGUUUGUUGUAGCAGCUCACAUACUUUAACACCUGACAGCUGAUAGGCCUAGUGUAACAGUGUCUGUUCUUUUGUUAACAUUGUGCUAGAUUUAGUCUAGGAAUUAGAAAUUGUUGGGGGUGAGGGCUCACCCCUCCUGUGUCGAUGUAGAUUUGCAUAAGCUGAUCUCCCCACUGACAUGUGGUCAUUCAUUCUUUGUUUCUCAGAUCAGUGAUGUAUUUAGUCCCUGAUAAACUUUAUGAAAUGAAAUCGUAUUUAUAAUC